AAUCCCAUGUGGGACCGUACCGCUCAAAGGGUUAUACAGUAUGCUGCUACGAAAACACCAUAGAAGAUGGGUAAAGUAGCUCCAUCAUUGUUCAAUGUAAAAAAAAAAAAAAAAUCAUACUUUGUUAGUUUUAAUAAAUAAAACAUAAAAAAAAAAAUCAAGGAAAUUUAUCUGCCAAUUUUUUCUUUUUGCUGUAUCUAAAACGUACCGAACCGUACCGAACCGAACCGUGACACCAGUGUAUCGUAUCGAACCGAACCGUGAAUUUUGUGAACCGUUACACCCCUAAUAUAUAUCAUAUAUGAACACUGCAGUCAUGCUCGGGUCUUGAAAGAGGUUGUUUUGAAUCAGCCAGAUUGAAAAUAAACUUUUUGGUUCACUUAUGUUGAGAAAAAAAAACAAGACAACGAACCGUGUGUGUAAGAGACUUUGAAAUAACUUAAACAACAAGAAUGCUUGACUGACAUGCAUUUGAAGAAUGCUGUCUUGACAAAGCCUUGACUCCUGCUGCAACUAAUAUAGUAUAUUGUGUGUGUGUGUGUGUGUGUGAACGCAUAAAGAGGUGUGGUGUACUCUGCCCAAUGAGACUAAUAAUGAACUACACUUAUACAGCAUAUAUUAUUCUUUGUUAAUGUUAAUUUCAACAUUUACUAAUACAUUAUUAAAACCUUGUUAACAUUAGUUAAUGGACAACCAACAUGAACAAACUAUGAACAGUUGUAUUUUGAUUAAUUAACAUUAACAAAGAUUAACAAACAGUAACAAAUGUAUUGCACAUGGUUAGUUCAUGUUACUUAAUACAGUAACUAAUGUUAACAACUUGUAAAGUGCUACCAAAAUGCCAUUCAGUGCUUCAUAUGCUGGUUUUUUAUAUGCAUGUUUCCAGUUUUAGGAUUUGAUGACAGACCUGGAUGUGUUGCUACUGUGUUGUUUUGUUUUGGGGGUUUUUGGUUGGUUUUUUAACGUCAAACAUUUCAUCCUGUCAUCAGUUUUUUUUUAAAUUUUGUUUUGGUUAUUUAACUCAAUGGAGAUAAACAGAGCAGGCCUUCUGAAUAUGUUUUCUGAGACAAAGAAUGAUUAAAUUCACAAAAGACUAUUUUUCAGAUAUGACCUAGGAAUUGCAUUUUUAUUUGGACUGGAGAUUUGGAGAUUAUCCUGGAGAUGUUCAUGAGUUUGUUUAAUUCUUUUAACUUUGGCAUGACUUGCCACACCUUGUACAACAUACUUUCAGACAGACUUUAAAAACUUCUAAAAAGAUGGAUAGCUUGUGACAUAUUUGGACUGCUUCUUCAGGUUGAACCUGUUUGUCAUGUUUCUAUAACUUAGGGUCUUACAGUUCCUGCAGCUUCAGACAGAUGAAACAUCAACCACAUUACCUGGACCAAGAGAACUAAAAUCCACAUUUUUGGAACGAUCAGAGAAUGUUCCGGGACUGUUGUAACAAGUUUUGCGGUAACAAAGACAUAACUGGAUCUCAAACUGGGCCAAAUGUGAGCGCUUCAGCUCAGAGUGGAAGCAAUAUUACAGCACCUACACUUACUAACACUAAAAUAGCAGGCAAUGUCCACAUCAUACAUAAUGCACCUGGUUUCACUGGGUAUCACUCAUACUCUGAAAAAACACAAACAUCAGAAAUCAGCUCAGCGAUUCACAAAUAUAAAAAGCUGAUCUGCAGUGAAUAUCAGUAUGUGACUGAGUAUAACUCUCUGCCUGGUGAACAUGUGCUGCUGUCUGAGCGCUUCACACAACCUCUGAUCCUUAAGAAACAUAGAGAUCCAAACAAGAGAGAAGAAGAGAUCCGCUCCAGGGGAGAAAGCUUCCACGAGGUCCUCAGAUCCAGGAGCAGUGAAAACUCUGUCCAUCUGAACACUUUGUUCAACCCAGAUGAUAAUGGAAUCAGUCCCAGAGCUGUUAUACUGCAGGGAAAUUCUGGGAAUGGGAAAACCUUCACUGUGCAGAAGAUCAUGAUGGACUGGGCAUCUGGUGACCUCUACAAAGAGCGGUUUGAUAUUGUGUUCCACUUAAAGUGUAAAGAAAUAAACCGCAUUCCUGGCAAAAACAGUUUGGUGGAGAUCCUGAGUUACAGCUGCAGUUUAACACCAGAUCAGAUCUCGCAGAUGUUACAGCAUUCUCCAGAGAAGGUGCUUUUCAUCAUUGAUGGAUUUGAUGAGCUGAGACUCACAGAGGGCAUUUAUCACACGUCAUCAAACACUGAUCUGCUUCAGAAAGCCUCACCUGUGGCCAUUCUUUGUGACCUGCUGAGGGGUCGAAUCCUGCGAGAGUCCUUCCUGCUGGUCACCUCCAGAUCUACAGCUACAGAGACACUGAGUAAUCUGCUCAAAGGACCUCAGUUUUUCUCUGAGAUAAUUGGUUUCUCUGAGAAGGGGGUAGAGGAGUACUUCCAGAAGUUUUUUCAGAACGAGGAGCUUUUCAGGAAGGCUUAUACACUUGUGAAGGCAAAUGAAACUCUCAUCACUGCCUGCUCCAUUCCUGUCGUCUGCUGGAUCAUCUGCACAACUAUCCAGGAACGAUUCAAAAUUGGUGCAGAUGUAACAAGAGGACUGGAAACCACCACCUCCAUCUAUGUUGAUUUUGUGUCCACUCUACUGGAGCAUCACUGCCAGGGUUUGAGUCAGUCCGUCCCGACCCUGCUGAGGAGUCUGGGUCAGCUGGCAGAGAGAGGGAUUCUGGAAGAGCAAGUCUUGUUUGAUGAGAAAAGUGUUAAUGAAACAGUUUCAGAUCCUGCUUGCAAUCCAUUCCUGUGCAAGUUCCUUUUUAAGAGAAGAAUCCACCAGGAAACAAUGUUCAAUUUCAUGCAUCUCAGCUUUCAGGAGUUCUUCACCGCUCUGUACUUUGUCCUUCUGGAUGAAGAAGAGUCCCAGAGAAAAUUUACACAGCUAUUUUCCAUUCAUGAAAAGGCAGGUGGUUUUUAUAAUGACCUUUCACGUUUAACAGCUGUGGUGCAGUUUGCUUUUGGCCUGUUGAAUAAGGAUGUGAGAGACACUCUUGGAAAGAAACAUGGUCUGUUUGUUCAUCCAAACACUCAGGCCUAUCUGAAAAAAAUGAUUUUAACAGAGAUUCAAAAAGAGACUUGGGAUUCGGAUACAAUAUGCUUUUGGAUUCACUGUCUGUACGAACUGCAUGAAGAGGACUUUGUAAAAAAAGCGAUGGAAUCCACACCUCAUAUUACUAUGUAUGGUUCAGUCAUCUUAAGAAGAAUAGACUGCUGGGCCCUGCUGUACUGCUCUCUGUGCUGUGAGUGCAUUGAAGAACUGGCUCUCCAUGACUGCAGAUUAUCAUCUGAAAAGUUGUCUAUUAUUCUGCCUGCACUCUGCAAGUUUAAGAAUUUAAUGUUGACUCCAGAAGAUCUAUCAUACGCUGAGAUUGCUGAACUGAUGUGUACACUUGUGAGAGGAAAGACCCUGAGCUCACAGAGUGCCUGUAUUAGAUUAGAACGCACUACAGAUUGUUCUUUUGAAAGUCUGUGUCUGUGUAUGAGUGAAGACGAAUCCAGUUUAUGGAUAAGAUCAAGAUUUAUAGACCCACCACCAUUUUUGAAAUCACUCGACCUCAUCUUUCCACACUCGGAUCUGAUCAACAUUGACUGGAUGAAAAUUUUUCAGAUAUUUCUUGAAAGGAGAUCCAAUGUGUUGACGUCUUUUCUCCAUUCUUUCUUUGAACUGAAAAAGAUGAAAAUUGAAAUAGACGUCCUGACUAGGAGGUCGUCUGUGUGGACCCUCCAAAUCAUCCAGAAAAUCCCCAGUCUAACAGAACUCUCGGUAAAUGCAAAAUUUUUACCGGAGGAGGGAAUCGAGAUCUUGCAGAGGUCAUGUGUGAGGCCAGCCUGUGAUUUGUCAUUUUCUGGGUACAGAUGCCAUAAAGAGUCUGAAAAAUGCACAAGUUGGAAAAAUGAAAGCUGCAAUCAGCAGGUGAAGAUUCAGCUGAAUUCCCAGGGCUUUUCUGUGGAGACAUUACGACAGCCCUUGUUUGAAGACUAAUGGUACAGUGUGAUAACGGUUUACAGCAGCAGAUACCCAAAGAACUGUCAUUGUCAUCUUGUCAUUGUAUGAUGGAUUGCUGUGAAGAUUUGUAAAAUGUAAUUCAACAGACGUUAAACUUUAUUUUUAUCAACUCAAUUCAAUUCAAUUCAAUUCAAUUCAAUUCAAUUCAAUUGUGCUUUAUUGGCAUGACUGUGUUAUGAUACAAUGUUGCCAAAGCAAUAAACAUGUAAUAGGUUAUACAGGUAUAGAUUGAUAAUUAAAUAAAAUAAAAGGAAGAAGAGAAAAAAGAAAUAUAUAUACAUGCAUGGCUAUAUUGUAUGUUAUCAUAUAAUUUAACAAGUGGUUAAAAAAAAAAACAAAAAAAAACAUGGUAAAUAAAUAAAUACAGAGAGCAGUAAUGAGAUUGAAAAGAAAAAGAAAAAAAAAAUGAAAGGAGAGGGUUUAUUCUUUGUCCCUCAUAAUAUGACAGGAAGACACAUACUCUGCUGCCAGGUGGACACACUUCUCUUUCUCUCCUAAAAUAUAACAAAGUUUCUCAAUGUGGCUUGCUUGUUGGAAUUCAGGUAGAAUAUGACCAAUUUGGGUGAAAUAUGUUUCUCUAAUAUUAUUAUAUUUGCUGCACUGUGUAAGGAAAUGUAGUUCAUCUUCCACGACUCCAUCAGAGCAGUUUGAACAGAGUCUGAGCUCUCUGGCUCUCCAGCUCUGUUUGUGUCGGCCCGUCUCUAUGUACAGGCUGUGGUCGCUCAGACGAUACUUCGCCAGGAGCUUUCUCUGACGAUAUUCUUUCAUUUUUAUUAAGUAAGGUGCCAAUUGAUAAUCUGUCUUUAUUUUGUGAAAGUAUUUUAAUUUGUUUAUUUGUGCUGCUUUGAUCUGCCAAUCAUGGGUGUAUUUUUCCUGGGUUCUUUGACCUAUUUCUUUAAUUUUUGAGAGUUUGAAUUGAAUUUUUGAAUUUAGUUGGUGUGUUUCUACUAAAUAGUGCAAGGGGUCAUUCUCUGGGUGUCCUGCCCUGUAUGAAAGAGCACAGUGAUGGUAGGCAUCUGCCUGUGAGUCUGACAGAUAAGAGAGGGAAUCUGCCCAGUUCUGCCCUGCAACCCAGACUAGGGGCAUUUCUGUGAAGACCCAGGAUAUUUUUGCAGAAUUCGAGGUGGAAAAUUUCAACAGGAUUUUUGUCCCACGAUUCAUAGUUUAAUUUAAAUUUGGGGCCCCAGAUUUCAGAGCCGUACAAAAGAAUGGGCUUGAUGAUGGCAUCAAAAAUUUUCAUCCACAGUUUUAUGGGUGGGUUGAAUUUGAACAAUGAUUUUCUUAUAUUGUAAUAAGCCCUGCGUGCCUUAUCGGUCAGAUCUUUCAUUGCCAUUUCAAAUUGUCCAGAAGCUGAGAUUGUGAGACCCAAAUAAUUAUAAUAUGUGACAUGAUUGAGAAGUGUUCCCCCGAUUGUAAAAUUAUAUUUUUUGUCAGUAAGGCGAGGUUUUUUUUGGAAGAUCAUGAUUUUGGAUUUUUCCAUGUUAAUUGGUAAGGCCCAGUCGUUACUGUACUGCUCUAGAAUGGAGAGGCUUUCAUGCAGUCCCUCUUCAUGAGGUGACAGCAGCAGAAGGUCGUCGGCAUACAGGAGGCAUUUGAUUUCUCUGCCCUCGAGGGUCAGACCAGGACAGGAGGACUUCUCAAGUGCUGAUGCCAGUUCAUUGAUAUAUAUAUUAAAGAGAGUCGGGCUGAGGCUGCAGCCUUGACGGACCCCUUUAUUUUGACUGAAAAAAUCAGUUCGUUUGUCAUUGAUCUUGACACAGCAUUUGUUCCUGUUGUAAAUGUCCUUUAUGAUAUCACAUGUCCUUCCUCCUAUUCCACUUUGGAUAAGUUUUAGAAAAAGCCCAUCAUGCCAUAAAGAAUCAAAGGCUUUUUUAAAAUCAAUGAAGCAGCCGAAUAUUUUUCCUUGUUUUUUUUGAUGAACAUAUUUUUGAAUUAGUGUGUGAAGUGUGUAAAUGUGAUUUGAUGUUCUCUGAUUGGGCAUAAAUCCAAUUUGACAAUUCUUUAAAAUUUUGUGUUCUUGAAUGAACUGAACUAAUCUGUCAUUAAUAAUGGAACAGAAUAGUUUUCCGAGGUUACUGCUCACUGUGAUGCCUCUGUAAUUAUUUGGGUUGUACUUCUCACCUUGUUUAAAAAUUGGAGUUAUCAAAUUUUCUUUCCAUAUUUCAGGAAAUUUUCCUGAUUUUAAUAACAGGUUGAACAAUUUUAGAAUGGCAUCUUUCAGUUUGGGGCUGCUGUGUUUCAGCAUCUCAUUAGAUAUUCCAUCCACGCCACAGGAUUUUUUGUUUUUUAGGGAUUUCAUCUUGUCUGUCAGUUCAUUUAAUGCUAUGGGCUGGUCUAAAUUAUUUAGCUGGUCUUUUAUAGUGCGUUCCAGGUUAUGUAGUUGGGAGGUCAGAUGUUUUUGGCUAAGGGUUGGUUGGUUUGGUGAAUAAAGAUUUCCAAAAUGUUCGGUCCAGAUUUUAGGGUCAUAGAUGGGAAGGUGUUUGGCUUUUUUGGAUUUGUCUAAAUUGUUCCAUAAUUCCCAAAAACAAUUUUGAUCUACUGCCUCCUCAAUCUUGUUUAGUUUUAUUUUCGUGUGAUCAGCUUUUUUCUGUAUUAAUAAUGACUUGUAUAUUUUAAGGGUUUCUUGAUAUGUGGCUCGUAUUUGUUGGUUUGCUGGGUCUCUGUGUUUUUUGUUUGAUAAUGACCGUAAUUCUUUUCUUACCUUUUGGCAUUCUUUAUCAAACCAACCAGCAUUAGCCAUUUCUUUUUUGCUUCUAUAAUUCUUUCUUUUUCUCAGGGCUUUUUUGGCCACUGUAGAGAAGAUUUUUGUUAACUGUUCAGUUGCUAAAUUGGUUGUCGUCUUCUCUUCACUAAAAGAAGUCAAUAGAAAUGAGUCUAUCAUGUUCUGAACAUUAGUGCUUUGGAGCGCAGCUUCAUACUGGGCAGGACUGUCUUUACUCCAUAUAAAUUUGGGGGGGAGUGGAUACAGUUUAACCUUCUGAUCUGAAGAUGGCAGAAGAUUCAUUGACCUGUUCAGACUGAGGACCGUGUGACUGUGGUCUGAUAAUGGUAGCUGUGGCAUCACUGUGAAAUAAUUGAUUUUAUUUUGGUCUAUAUCUGUGAUGGCGUAAUCUACCGUGCUGCUGCCUAAAUGUGAGCAGUAGGUAAAUCGACCUAGAGAAUCACCAUUUGUUCUGCCGUUAACUAUAUAAAGACCCAGGCUUUUGCAGAGUUGCAGGACUUGUUUUCCAUGUCUGUUUAUUGUGUUGUCAUAAUUCUGACGUGUUUUAGUAUAUCGUUUUUGUUGAUGAUUAAGUGGACCGUUUAUAUAUUUGUCUCCAUCAGAGCUGAUGUAGUCCACUUCCUUCUUCCUUUAUCAACUCUUUAGUGCUGAUAUUGAAGAGUCGUAGAAUCUGUAAUUAAUUUGUUUUGAUUUUGCAGUAUUAUGGCCAUAAAAGACCACCACCUAAUUCUCAAAGUUUGGUUCUGGCUAUGUAUGAAAAUUUAAUAAACAUGAAAAUGUGUCUGUAGAUGUUAAAUAAACUAAGAUGUUAGCAAUUUUGUUGAAGGUAUAACUUAAAAUGGAUUCAACCAAAAAUAAAAAGUAAUUUUACACA